AUGUUAAGUUCCAGGGUACCAACUUAUAAUGCUUGUUACGAAGAAGAUAACAAAGCUUUUCCGAGCUGUGUAAAAAUAUUAGAAAAUAAAUUAAAAAGAACUUUUAAAUAUGAUGUUGAACAUAAACGAGAUAACGAAAGAUCAGCAGAUCCAUUAGAAAAAGAAUUAUCUUAUUACGGCCUAGUUUAUAUGCCGAAAAUUCGCAAACGUAAUCCGCAACCAUUAAUUAGAAAAACCCGUAUCUUUAAGCGUGUAGAUACUGACACAAACGCACAAAACUUAACAUAUGGGACAUCACCGACAAACACAACGACGGAAGAUGCAAUAGUGAAUAUAGCAUUACAGUUGGCUAGAUUUAGAAAUAUUAUUCACAAUCCACCACCAGCGAAGCUUAAUACAAAUGGAUGGCCAGAUAAAGAUGUUUAUGAUCCGGAAUUAGAUGAAAUGUUCUGGUGGAGAAAUGAUCCUGUAUUGAAUCAGUUUCAUGAACAUUGGCAUAAGGUAAUGCCAAAAAUUGAUGAUGAUAAAAGGAACAGAGAAGGAGAAAAUUUUAUUUACACGCAUAGGCAGCUUUUAGCUAGAUAUGACGCGGACCGCCUUUGUAUAGGGUUGGAAAAAGUAAAGGCUUUACCCGACUAUGUAACACCAAUACCCGAACCGUUUUAUUCACAUCCAUACUUAGUGCAAGAUUGGAAUGAUGAAAAAGCUCAUUUUCCGUCUCGUCCUGCUAAUUUAUCAUUACAUGAUAUCGGUAAUCUUUUUACUAACAUUUUACGCAUUAAUAACAAUAAUUUAAAUCUCACAAAAAAUUUAAAAAUUAUAGUUGAAGUAGUUAAUGGAAAAGUUGGUGUUUAUGCCGUUUCAGAAUUAGAAGAUGAGCGACAAUCAUUAAUUGAAUGGAUUGAUGGAGGAACAAACGUUAAACAUCUGAACCCAUUAAGGUGGGUUGAUUCCGAUGCUAAUGUUUUGGGCCUUGAUAUAGAAAAAACUUUACAUAAGUUUGGACAUAAAUUAUUAAGUUAUAUAAUGCAUCCUUACACAAUUGGUUAUCCGCCAAGUGUACUUACCGGUGCACGUGCCGGAAUACGAGAUCCAGUAUUUUUUAGAUGGCAUCGUCAACUCGACGAUUUAUAUUUGAGAUGGCAGAAUUAUCUUGGGCCAUCCGAUUUUCAUCACGAUGCACCAAAUGUAACCAUCCGCACUACCGAUAUCAUACUUACUUUCACAGAUGUACUCUUCAAGGUUUAUCCAGAUGGUCAGAAAGAUGAAUGGAGUGAAUUUGGAAAAAAAACUUUUGGUGGUAGUAACUUUGAUAUUGAUUUCACAAAUAGUUUAAUUGUUACCAAUGAAUUUCAUACUAAAAUGAAAUAUAGAGAAUAUGUAUGGAGAGAAGACUUGUUUGACAAAGAAAAUAUCUCUUACGUGUUUCCUAGAGAUUGGCAUUAUUUUCUACGAGUCACUAACGAAGUUAAUGCUACAUCAAUUAUUACAUUCCGAAUAUUUAUUGUUCCUGAAAUAUUUGCCGAUUCAACAAUUCAUUGGAUUGAACUAGAUAAAUUUAAAAGGAUUCUCCAACCACUUGAAAAAACUGUUAUUGUUCGUGAAGCUGACAAGUCCAUUAUAAUUCGUAAACCAGCUCAAAAGACUGAGAGCCAGUUUGACGAAUCUCAAAUCAUACCUGAUGUCAUAGCAACGUUUUCACCGCUCACUACUCAGAAUAUUUCCGAAAAAUUAUUUUGUAACUGUGGAUGGCCAUAUCAUAUGAUUUUACCUAGGGGUACUAAAGGCGAAGGUAUAAAAUUUAAAAUGAUAGUAUUUAUUUCGGACGGUACAAAUGAUUUGGUCCCACUUUAUGAUCAAUGUGGAAGUACAACUCUAUGUGGAGCAGAAAAAUGGGCUGAUAAAAUUCCUGAUGAAAGACCGUUGGGAUAUCCAUUCGAUAGACCAUUUAAAGAUGGAACUUAUGAACAAACCUUUAAAGGAUUACAUAGUGUUGCUAUUAGAGAUGUCACGAUCAUAUGGAAAGAAGACGAUUUUUCCGAAUUUUAG